UUAUUUUACAGGGAGCUAUCUUAAAUAAAUUUAAAAUGCAUUCUGAAGAUGAAAAGAAGCAGAAGCGUACUGCAGAUGGAAAUAGUCAUGAGAUCACUGCAUCCAGCCAGGGUCAUGAAUCUGAAGACAAACACAAGGAAAAGAAGAAGAAAGCAGAAAAUGCUGAGAUGGUCAGCCCAUUUACACUGUUUCGAUACUCCAAUUGGUCGGAUAAAUUACUAAUGAUACUAGGCACUCUCCUGGCAAUAGCCCAUGGAAGCAGUCUCCCUGUUGCGAUGAUAAUUUUUGGUGAUAUGACUGAUAGCUUUGUUGCUUCUGGAGGCUCAAAUUUUCCAGGAAACAUUCCUCCAGUGAAUUCCUCUUUAGAUUUUCUUGGCAAGCUGGAAGAAGAAAUGACAAGAUAUGCAUACUACUAUUCUGCAAUAGCAGCUGGUGUUCUUAUUGCUGCUUAUGCCCAAACUUCAUUUUGGACCCUAGCAGCAGGCCGGCAAAUAAAAAAAAUCAGAGAAAAUUUUUUUCAUGCAAUUAUGAGACAGGAAAUUGGAUGGUUUGAUGUAAAUGAUGUGGGAGAACUUAACACUCGUCUUCUAGAUGAUGUCUCCAAGAUUAAUGAAGGAAUAGGUGACAAAAUUGGAUUGCUUGUUCAAGCAGUAACAACAUUUGUAUCAGGAUUUAUUGUUGGUCUCAUAAGAGGAUGGAAAUUAACCCUUGUAAUACUAGCAGUCAGUCCUGUCCUGGGACUUUCAGCAGCUCUCUGGGCAAAGGUUCUCUCUGCUUUCACUGACAAAGAACAAGCUGCAUAUGCAAAAGCAGGUGCUGUUGCAGAGGAAGUUCUGGCAGCAGUCCGUACUGUAAUAGCUUUUGGAGGACAGGAAAAAGAAAUUAAAAGAUACCAUAAAAAUUUAGAAGAUGCUAAACGUAUUGGAAUAAAAAAGGCUAUUACAGCUAAUAUUUCCAUAGGUGCUGCUUUCUUACUGAUAUAUGCAUCAUACGCACUGGCCUUCUGGUAUGGAACUACCUUGGUCUUAACUGAUGAUUACACUAUUGGCAAAGUUCUUACAGUUUUUUUCUCUGUAUUGAUUGGAGCUUUCAGUAUUGGACAGACUGCUCCAAGCAUAGAGGCAUUUGCUAGUGCAAGAGGAGCUGCCUAUACAGUCUUCAAGAUCAUAGACAACGAACCGCAAAUUGACAGUUAUUCAGAGACAGGUUACAAACCAGACCACAUUAAAGGGAACUUGGAAUUCCAAAAUGUUUACUUCAAUUAUCCAUCCAGACCAGAUGUUGAGAUACUGAAGGGCUUGAAUCUCAAGGUUAGUUGUGGCCAAACAGUGGCCCUGGUUGGUGGCAGUGGCUGUGGGAAAAGUACAACUGUUCAGCUCAUCCAGAGAUUCUACGAUCCCAAGGAAGGCACG